AUGCACGAAAACCCCCUGGACGCCACCAAAAACCGACCUGCUGCAUAUAUCAUCAAUCAGAUUGUUCUUGGAGAAGAAUCAGACGAUUUUGAUACAGCUCAAGUGCAAAAAGCAAUUUCACACUACGAGCUCUAUGUGAAAGCCAUGAUCGAAGUUGGCACAGAUCCGAUAGAGGUCACCAAGCUUGUUUCGAUGAUUGAGCGCGGGAUGUCCUACGAAGACGCGUUAAACUUCCAUGAGCGCGUUUUCGGAGAAACGAUCCCAGAAGCAGUUUACGAGUUUGUGCGCGACACGCUCAGAACAGCCGACAAAGCAAGCACCCAUGAGGUCAUGGCUGCCUUUCUUUUUGGUCGAGAGGAUCCAAUUCCAAAAAUGUUCCAGUCAAUCAUCGACAACAAAAUUCUCUCUGACGACAAGAAAUUAGAAUGCUUCCGAUUGUAUCUCCAGAGACACAUCGAUGUCGACGGCGAUGAUCAUGGCCCUCUGGCUUUUGCGGCUUUGAGUGAAAUCUGUGGAGACGAUGAAACGAAAUGGGAGGAGGCAACGGCUGCUGCGAAAAAUGCGAUUGAGAGACGAAUCGACUUUUGGACGGCAAUCUUGGAAACAUCGUCACAAGAGUUUUACUCGAGAGCCACCACAAAGGUUGAGCAACGACUUGAGAGACGUUUGACUAAGGCAGCGUUGGAACAUCUUACCAUUGACAAAGACGUAGCAGCAGCUUGA